AUGGCGAAAGUGGCAGACCGUCUGUAUUUUCCUCCUCUGGAGGAAACUCUGAAUGGAGACAACAUCAUUAUCUCCUGGAAGCUCGUUGCAGCUGCCCUAGCCGAUAAGGACGAUGCAAGACGAAAUAGUGAAGCUGUCGUACAGUUUCUGCAAGACGACUAUGUGCGAUCUCUCAUAAAAGACCCAGCAACUGCCUUUGCGCCGCCAAGCGAUUCUACGAAGUCCGACUUCGAAACGAAAACGGCUGCCAUUCAUGUUCCUCCCACACCAAAUGACAAGUUUGACAUCAAGGUCAUUAAGGAUGAUGCGCAAUGGUUGAGCAAGAACGCCAGGGUCAACCUCGUCGCUGCGCUUCGAGCUACUGUGAUUGAAUUCCAGUCUCGACCAGCAAGUCACCUUACGGGACCUCUUUCCACCCAAGAUGCCAUCAACUUGCAAGAAGCUGCCGGAGUUUCCACUGCUCAGUCUUCAUCUUUGGUCCCACUAUCUGGUACUGCGCUGGAUGCUGAAGCCAUCUGGGCUGAAUUCGAGAAGGACGAGACAAGGCGACAAAGGAUUUUCCAAGCAUAUCUUGCUGAAAGGCGCUACUUCCUGAUGACUGCCGAUUUGGUCCACGAAAACCUUCUCUUUGCACAACCCUCGCCAAAGAUAACGACGGGUGACGGUCCAUCAACGCCCCCGAGGUUACUUUCCUCUGACGACCGCCCAGAAUACCUCGCCAAGCUCUUGACGACUUACCUCCAGUUUGUUACUGACUCUGCUGGCCGACUGGCCGAAGGUCUUGGCUCAGUUGUGGAUGAUAAGAGCCUCCUGGUCGAGGAACUCGAACUUGAGUGGGUACGGACAAUCUUGACCGAAGUUGUCCACGCGUUGUCGGUCGUUUUCCAGGCGGUAGAUGCCAACGGCGAUGCUUUCGUACCAUGUGCAGUAGUUGGACAAUGGUUCUCACUGAUGGAUGGCUACGGAUUUUUCAGCGGCAUUACUGCGCCGAACGAUAGCAUUGCUUCUCUUGUAAUGCCUCUAAGAUCUCUCAUAUCUGCAAUUUCGUUGAAACUGCUUAAUCCUUCGAGGUCUAUAGAGUGUCUUCUGGAGGAUUCACCCGAGUUUCGUGGAGACGAAGAUCCUUACAUCACUGCCCCUUCUGUACUAGAAACGGUCCAUAACGCAAUCUUGACGGCGGCAAAUGCCGAUUGCGAGAGCCAAAGCCCUGUUAUUUUCGCUUGGACAGUCAUCGUUCACCGCAUGUUCGUUUCUCAUCACGAGCGCAUUGAGAAGAGAGAUGCUUUGCAGAAUCAGCGUUCUCAGGAGACGUUUGAGGCCGGUGUACUCAUCCGGCCAACCACAAGCCGCCGACUUUCCGCAGGCAGUAUCGUAUCGCUUGAUGGCAAAUCCUUCGAUAUCUUCCUCACAGGUGCUGGUCUUGACAAAGACAUGCAGGUCGUGGAACAGCUUGCUGUAGCUGUCACAUCUCACGGACGGGCUUAUGAGGUGGUAUCUGAGAUGGCGCUGGCCAUCGGUGUCUCGAGUGAAGCGGCCUUUUCACCUCUUCUGAGCUCCAGGAUACGAAUUGCUUAUGUUGAUUUUCUCAAAGCUACAUACCCCCUUGUAGGGUAUCAGUCGGACUCAGUGACGUCUCUCCUGUCAGUUUUAUCAGCAGGUCAGCAGUAUUGGGAUCUCUCGAAGCCCGUACUUGCUCCCUCAGACGACAUUCUGGGAUUAGUUCUCCAGGAUGCUGCUGCUAUGGAAUACUACUUCCACCAGGCACUGAGCCGUUACCCAUUUGAACUUCUUCCUUUCCUCAACAUUUGCCGUGCGUUGGCGAAUUGCACAGUGGCUGACGGCCGGUCGGAUAUUGUGGUUAACCUGUUACGGAAAACCCCGACACUGACGUUCAUCCUGCCAGACGAUUAUCAAGAAUAUGAGCUGGCGUCGGAGGAGGACAAUACCAACACUUUCUACCUUCUCGAGGAUAUUCCACUUUUCACACCUGCUACGGCGUGGAACCGGAGAACUCGACUUGACGACGCCUUCAGGUUACCAGCAGAAACAUAUGGACGUUUUGUUACAGAUACUGGGCGAGUCGUUCUCAUGGAGUACGAGCACUCCGCCCUUGCUCUCUUGGGUAAAAGACUGGAGGUACAACUCGCGCCCGAGACUUACCGUAGCGAGCUGGACGGAUUCCAGCCCGAGGAAACAUCCGAAACAAUCUCGCUGCUUUCUACUCUCCUACGCGCAGAGGUGCUCAAAUCUGAGCAGCAAGGCCUUGGCGGCGAGGACUCCCUCAAGUCCGGAUUGGAACUGUUGGAGGAAAUCGGGAAACAUAUAUCCGGCAACAAAGACCUUGUUGCUGUCAUCUGCGAGACCAUGGACAUCUAUAUGCAAGACGAUAAGGUGGCAGAUGGUCAGGGCAUUACUGUGCUCAACUCUUGCGUCCAGUUCUUGCACGCCGUCCUACCCCUAUGUCCAACUAGGGUUUGGUCUUACCUUGCCCGUUGUGAGCUUCUCAACUCUGAAGCCCAAGCCGGUAAACUGGCAAAGAUCACCGGAAACCUAGAUCUUGUUGGUGAUCGCUUUGACCUCCUGCUUUCCUCUGUUCGCCUCUUCACCAGCCUUAUUGACAGCGUUAAGGUCAGCGCGGUCCAACGAAAAUCAGGCAACAAGCUUGUUGGACGUCAGAAAGUAUCUAACAACGUCUGGCUCGGGGUAGCAGACAAGGUACUCGGCAAAGUCAGCCUUGCUAUUGCCCAGGCUGCUGUAGACGUUUUUGAAACUUCGUCAACAUGGCGAUUUUCGUCAGAGUUGCAUCGAACUCUACUCAUUCGUCACGUUGUUCCUGUUAUGGACCGGAUCAUCUCUUACACCUACGGAAUGGGCGACCGGGAGAACUCUGAGACCCUCACGGCGUGCUUGGAGCCUGCCGCAUCUUAUAUUAUUGAUUCAUUCCUCUCGCCUUCAACGGGGUCUCUUAGAUUCCAGCCGCUGCUUGCAACUCUUGUCAAUGGCCUACAAAUACCCGAUUCAACUCUUUACCAGAACCGGUUAGCUUCUGCACAAGAGCAGCUCACCUCAACGUUGAAGUUUACCACAACACUGUUACGUGUUGCAAACCUCCUCGAACGACCCUCAGCAACUUUUGAAGACCAUCUCUUCAAGACGUCUUCAAUCCUUGCAAGGCUAUGCGCGAUUUGCGAGCAAUUUCGACGACCCGCGCUCUUGCUCCUGGAAGCCUUGGUUCUCAGUGCAGCCAAAGCCAACGACGAUCCACCGUCAUUAUUGGGCUACCUCGGCCCAUUGUUAUCUCGAUCAUUUAUUCAGGUCCUUUCACGACUCAAUAAGCCGUUCCUCGUCAGCAGAGAUGUGCAGACCACGUGGAAGUUCUUUUCGACCAUUGUGCAGAACCGCCAGACAUGGCUUUCCAACUGUCUUCUGACCGGCAAGACGCCUAGAGAUGCCCUCAAAGGAGGAAAGAAGGAUUCUUCAUCUACAGCCAACUCGGUUCUUGCGAUGGCAUUCACGAAGCUCCGAAAGAUCAAUGAAUUGGAUAUUUCAGAGGCACUUCGCAUCCUUGACUUCGUGGCAUCCUCCCAGAACCACUGGCCUUGGACCAUCUUCACGAUGCAGAAGGACUCGGCGUUCCUCGACGCCUUGCGUUUGUACAUCAAGAAUGUGAGCAGUUUCACCGUAACCAGCAAGGCAGACGCUGUCAAGGCUGCCAUUGACGCAAAGAUGGCGGCUUAUAUUGCCGAGAUUUUCGCCAUGCAGCUCUAUCAUCUCCGUCAAAUGGGUGGCGCGGAUGCAUUUGCCAAGAGCUUAGUCCCGGAUCUUGAUUACUAUCUUAGGGACGGCGUUGAGGUCUCAAGCUACAAUAACUCUCUCCAUGCCAACUUCGCCAAGAACUUCUCAAGCAAAUACCCUGGCGUUUCCCUUGAAGCCUUCAAGCGGACAUCAUUGAGGCCUGGCGAGCUUGGCAGAAGUUACUUCUACGACUUGGAAAGUGCAACUGAGAUGUUGAGUUUUGACCCAGGCUGGCAUGGCCGUCGUAACAACGGUUUCCGUAAUGAAAUGGGCAUCGCCAACGCAAACCUAUCCCUUGUUGAUGCACAGAUAUCGCUGUUUCAUGCCUGGGAGUUCCUUUUGCUCGAGUUGAGCAGUAGUUUGCCUGACAACGAGACUAUAGCCAAGCAGAUGCGUCAAGUUGCUCAACAGUGUCUGGAAGCAAACCGAUCCAACCAGGGUCCCGAAAACAUCUUCAUGCGGAUUGUGGAGGAGCGUGCUGACCUUAGUCUUCUGCUUGUCCAGCGACUGGUUGGCCGUCCAAUCUCUUCUCAUGAGGUAAACCAGCUUUUGGGAACUCUCUUCACAAUCGUCAAUGGCGUUGAAGAGCCCUUCAACCCGGAGUCGAUCUCUUACUACCGGACCAUGCUCAAGACUAUCUACGUCACCUUGCGCGCUUACAGUGCCGCUGAGAAGAAGUCUUUGGGGGCUUCUAAGAACGGGGGCGACGGGUUUUCUGUCGCUCUGACCCAGACCAUUCUGAAUCUUCUGGACCGUGUAGUUGCGAAGGGUUUCAGAACACUCGUAACACUUGUUCACGACACAGGGGCCGCCGUUGCUCCCGAAGAUUUGGCGCUUCUAACCGCAAUCCUGCAAGCUUGCCUCAAUAUGCCAACGAUCGAUCAAUGCCAAACGCAAAUUCUCAACAUCAUGGCCUCUUAUGAAGCCAUGCACGCUGCGACUUCGCUAUUCUCGUGGGCUGACAAACUCGCUGUGAACGGAGACCCUGUUUACGGUGAGCUGAGCUUGUUGUUCCUUCUAGAGCUUUCGACGCUGCCAGCCGUAGCAGAACAGAUGGCAUGCGACGGUCUGUUGAGCCAUCUGACGUCGGCAGGCGUCACUAACUUCAUGCGACGCGGAAACAUCUCACCCUUCUCGGAAGCUGUCGGCCCUCAAAGAUGCUACAGCAUCUGGGUGAAGGGCGUCCUUCCGCUGCUAUUGAACCUGCUGACGGCCUUGGGCGGAACUGUCGCGCCUGAAAUCGCCUACGUCCUGAAUCAGUUCCCUCUACUCCUCAAGUCGAGCGUCGAUCGGUUUGAGGCACCGGGGGCCAGCCGGACGGCUUCACGAGAGGCACCGCACUAUGUGACGCUCCUUUCCGUGUCGGAAGUCCACUCGCUCGCACUUCUGACAAGGGUUAUUGCCGCGCUAAGGACAGCAAAUAUCAGAGACAUCCCCGAGAUUCAAUGGGAUGCUGCCUCGUUGUUGGAGAACAUUGACUUUUGGCUGUCGAGCAGGAAGUUGCUUCGCGACAGACUCUUGCCACUGGGUCAACGCGAGGUCGAGUGGAAGAGCACCAAAACCGGCGCGUCCGGUGAAAACGGACAGCCAGAAAACUUGCUUGAGAGCAAGGUGCUUUCGCAACUGGAAGCAGUGAGGGAUGUAUUGAGUGAAGAUUUGGAGGAGGCCUAA